GUACGUUAUUGGUUUAGCCAAUAGGAAGGAGGGCGUGAAGGAGGAAAUGGUUUGACAGUCAAGUCCCCGGCUUAUGUUUGUCUACUAACCGAGCAUGGCUGAGCUCCAGACUAAGUUUGAUGAAGCAGCAGCAGAGGUCAAGCAGCUGAAGGCGAAGCCGACUGAUGAGGAGAUGUUGCAGAUCUACUCGCUGUUCAAGCAGGCCACCGUGGGUGAUGUGAACACAGCUCGUCCAGGGAUGUUUGAUUUCACUGGGAAAGCUAAAUGGGAUGCCUGGGAGAAGCAGAAGGGUAAGAGCAAUGAGAACGCCAUGAACGAGUACAUCAGCCUGGUGGAGGAGCUAAAGCAGAAAUAUGGAAUAUAAUGCUGUGUGAUGACGACCAACUGGCCGGGAAAUCUGCUCCGUGGACUGUGACUGGCACCAGUCUCCAUCCCUGCACCGUUAAAACGCCUUAAAACUCAACAAGUGUGUCCGUAAACAGCUCACAUGAACACCUGGUGGAUGGCUUCUAGUCCUAGAAACUGACCCAAGUAGCUGCCGAUGGACACAUUUAAACUGUGUAUAUAUCAGGUUUCAGUAUUCAUGUGUUUCUGCAGAAAGUCCUGUCAUUUCAAUAAACAGUAACCUGAAAGUGUGA